AUGGGUCUAGCGAUUUCAUUAGUGUCCGCGCAUCCUGAAAAAGUAUGGUACCACAAGUGUCCAUCCCGCGGUCUGCACUGCAACAAUACGGCACUGGUCACACAACGUGGAUGUGCGAUUUGGUAUGACGAACCGAAGCUGUUGGAGGAUAUCGAAGAGCAUUUGGGUGUGACAAUCGCGCAGAUCGAUACCGAUAUGGUCGUGCCAGUAGAUGAGUUCGACGGUAAGGUGGUGUAUGGCUCGAAACGCUCCACAAAAGGAUCACUCUAUCAAGGCCAUGCAGUACAACUGUCUGGAGCUGUGGCGCAGUUGGCUGACUUGGAGCGUUCUCUACAGCUGUCUUAUUUGAGAAUGUACACACCAGCUGCAAAAGCCAAAUAA